AUGCUGUUUAGGAUUGGCAACUACUACGAUAUGGACGUAUAUGAUGACACGGAGUUAAGCGCAGAAACAGUAGACAUUCUGGUGAGCAAGUGCGCCAACGUGCUCAGGAUACUUCAGCCGAGUGACAGCCAGAAGCCAAUAGUACUCUUCCUGCCGAAUGUGAUGCAACUUCCAAUUGCUGUCUUGGCCGCUCUUCGGAUCGGACGCAUCUUCCUUCUAAUUAAUGCAAGCAUCACCCGAGAAGAAUUAUGCGACAUAUUAAAGAGCGCAAAUGCGGAGACGAUCAUAACGGUAGAUGGAUUCUGGAUGGGUACAAAUCUGAUUCGCACUAAAGAAUACCUCGACGAAGCGAUGAGAAUUGCAGCUCUAACAGAGGUGAUCCGAAAUGUGCUCGUGAUCCGGCACGUUACUCCCAACGAAGGAGUACCACCACCGCGAGUGCACCUCGUGGCCAGGCGACCCUACUACCUUUACAAGGUAAGCAGGCCAUUUUCAGCACACAUCAUCGCUUCUAUCCGGCGAGAAAUAUUUUUCCUUAUACUCACUAGGAUGACCAGUGAAUGCUCAACAUCUAAGAGACAGAUUCAACUUCACUUCUAG